AUGCUGCUCGUGAUGCUGCUAUUUAUGCGACGCGUGGCGCCGUUGGUGCGCAGCAGUCCUGUGCAGCACCUGCAGCACCAUCGGCGCACGGUCACUGCGGCGGCAGUCGACGCCUGGCGCGCCUGCGAGGCGUGCAGCAGCGUCGGCAGCAUAUACACCAGAUCGCGGAGACGACGACGAAACGGCGGACCGCCACCACGCAAACGCUGCGAAACGUGCGCGGGACGAGGCAUCGUCGCCGGUGCGCCACAAUCGCCGACGACGAACGCCACCGUGGCGAUCGCGGGCGGCGGCGUGGGCGGCCUGGCUUUAGCGUUGGCCCUGCAGCACCGCUCCAUCAAUUGUGUGGUCUACGAGCGCGACGCCGACGCGAGCACGCGGAAGGCGGGGUACGGCCUGACGAUGCAGCAGGGCGGCCGCGCUCUGGACGCCCUCGGUGUGAGCGAGGCGGUCCGCGCCGCGGCGACGCCGACCGACAGGCACGUGUCCAUCGAUGCGAACACGGGCGCCGAGCUGGGUGUGCACGGCGAGCGGUCCGCCGCGGCGCGGCGCGGGCGCGGGGCGCGGGCGAAGGCCGCCGCGACGCACCUGCCGCGCGGGACGCUGCGAGACGUCCUGCUCGCGAGGCUCCAACCGGACACGGUUCGCUGGGGCGCGAAGCUUGAAUCGGCAUCGCCUUCUGAGGACGGCUGGUCGCUGACGGUCGAUGGCGUCACCGAGUCGUGUUCGAUUCUGGUCGGCGCGGACGGCGUGCGGUCGACGGCGCGGCGGCUGCUCUGCGCCGAAGACGCGGCGGCGACGCCUCUGGGCGUCUUCGUGGUGCUGGGCUUCUGCUCGACGCCGUUCGAGUACGCCGCGGACUGCUUCGAGGCCGUCGACGGCACCGUGCGGAUAUACACGAUGCCGUUCGACGCGACGCGAACGAUGUGGCAGCUCAGCUGGCGCGGCGACGGGCCGGCGGGCGGCGACGGAGAAGCACUCCGCGAGGCCGCGCUCGCACAAGUCUCGGCCUGGCCGGGCUGCCCCGACGCGGCUCGCCUCGUCGAAGCGACGGCGCCGGGCGACGUGACGGGGUAUCCGAUCGUCGAUCGAGACCUGCCUGGUGCUUUACCUCCGUACGCUACGCUCCUGGGCGACGCCGCGCACCCGAUGGCGCCCUUCAAGGCCCAGGGCGCGAACCAGGCGUUGCUCGACGCCGUGUCGCUCGCGCGAUGUCUAGUAAAGACGGACCUGGCGCCGGGCCCGGCGCGUCGUUCUGUGCCUGAAGCGCUCGCCGAGUACUGGGCGGAAAUGGCGCCGCGCGCGUCGGCGAAGGUCGCAGCGUCCCGCAAUGCCGCGCGUCUGUUGCACAGCCCGGCGGCGCUCGUGCGCGCGGAGGGGCUGACGCGGGCCGCGGCGGCGGCUGGUAUGGCCCCCAAACGAGCCUACACCCUGAAGCGUCGGAAUCCCUACGACGUGCACGUAUACUAUUCUGAUGCGGAAUCCCGGGCCCGGGCCAUGGAGCUGCGGGAGAGGAUGCAGGUGAAGUUUGAGUGGAUGCGCUUCCACCGGCCGUUCGAUCGACCAAUUGGGCCUCAUCCCGUGCCGAUGUGGGAAGCUGACUUUUCGUCCUACGAAAACCGGAACCGGUGGGACGAAGUGCGCGCGUGGCUGGAGUCGGAGGCGGGGGAUCUGUCGGUGUUGAUUCAUCCCCACUCCACCGACAGCGACUACGCCGACCACACCAAGAACGCGUACUGGGUGGGGGAGGCGCUGGAGCUGCGCAUCCAGGGAUGGAAGCGAGACUGACGCGGGCCACCGCCGCCGCGAGUCG